AUGGCGUCGAAGCAACACGGCUUCUCUCAGCCAGAAAACUUCGAGGAAAAGUAUCUCGAUCAUGAUGCCGCUUCUGAAGACCACGACAGCUCUUCCGCUCUCCUAUCAUUAAUCGAAGAAGACGGAUGUAGUCUCGAACAAAGCCGUCAAAAGAGAUGUCUUGUUUUCAUUUCGGUCGGCCAGGCGGCGUUCUUCAUAUUUUCACUUUCCAUGCUGAUGUAUUCAUUGUAUUUACAAAAGCCUCAAAAUUGCACGCGAAAGAUAUCGUCGCCCUCUCCUGCACUUGAAACGUUUACCGACGAUGAUUACGAAUGGAUCCGCUGGAACACUACGCUGAACACCUUUGGAGAGUUUACUGGCAACUACACGGAGGAGAAAGCCCAAGCAUGGUUGGAUAUCACCGCAACUCCUGUAAUCACUGUAUCCGAGGCCGAUAUGAUCAGCGCUGGUGCUUCCUUGGACUCCGUACGAGUGCCUGAAUCUGCCGGAGGUGGCUACCUAGCUCAGCUCGAGGGGUUCCAUGACCUACAUUGCCUUCGCGUACUGUGGUAUGAUCACCACUCCGAGGAGAUUCCGGAGACCAAGAAGUCCAAGCUAGAGAAUUCACGACACUAUGAAGCACAUUACGAGCACUGCAUCGACCUUCUACGGCAGAACCUGAUGUGUCAUUUUGAUACAAGCUUUGCGACUUUCAAUUGGCUCGUGGACAUCGACGAACCAUUUCCUUUCUUUGCAAACCCCAAGAAAUGUCGCAAGAUGGACAAGAUACUGGAAUGGACACAUGAGCACAAGUUUCGUAAGCCACAGGGCUUUGUUUGGGAGGCUCCUGAUGACGCUCAUCUAGUCAGAGUAGUCGACCGUGUUGCGCAAUGGGACGAGCCUCGAGUGGACAAGGAUGGGAAUGAGCUAUGA